AUGGCAGAGGCUGAUGUGGACAAAAUCUCAAUCCUUGGACGAGAGUCAAUCCAUUGCGGCUUCCACCUGGUGCCCUAUAUUGCCAGAAUCGUGACCACCACGCUUCCUAGCUCUGUCUAUGUCCUUGUCAGUGACACGAAUGUUGCAAAACACCAUCUCCCUAGCUUCGAAACGGAAUUCGAGGCGGCUUUGUCAAAGGUUCAACCGGGUGGUGGUGCAACCAAGCCUCGAUUCCUCAGCUUGGUCAUUCCUCCUGGAGAAACAUCCAAAAGUCGUGAAGGAAAAGCUAAUAUCGAAGAUUUCUUGCUCGUCAACCGAUGCACACGCGACACUGUUAUCCUAGCUCUUGGAGGAGGGGUGGUUGGAGAUCUCGUUGGUUUCGUGGCUGCCACUUUCAUGCGUGGUGUUCGCUUCGUCCAAAUCCCGACCACUCUCCUCGCUAUGGUGGACUCCAGUGUGGGUGGAAAGACCGCGAUCGACACUCCCCAUGGCAAGAAUCUCAUCGGGGCGUUUUGGCAACCCCAGUACAUCUUCAUCGAUGCUGCCUUCCUUGAAAGCCUUCCAUCGCGCGAAUUCUCCAACGGCAUGGCUGAAGUGGUUAAAACUGCUGCCAUCUGGAACGAAACCGAAUUCACCGCUCUCGAGUCGCGAUCGGCAGAGAUUUUCGCUGCUAUCCAAACUCCUUCCCGGAAUGCUUCUGGUCGCAGCAAAGAAACCAGAUCAGUUGCUCAAGAUCUCCUUCUGUCAGUUAUUGUCGGGUCUAUCUCGGUCAAAGCCCACAUUGUCACCAUCGACGAGCUGGAGACCGGUCUUCGCAACCUAGUCAACUUUGGCCACACCAUUGGCCACGCCAUUGAGGCAAUACUUACACCCUCCAUCCUCCACGGAGAGUGCGUCAGUGUCGGCAUGAUUUUAGAGGCCGAAAUUUCCCGACAGAUGGGCCUUCUAUCCCAAGUCGGCGUUGGUCGUUUGACGCGAUGUCUCAAGGCAUACAACCUCCCGGUGUCGCUUUCCGAUCCGAAAAUUGGCAGUCUUCCUGCCGCAAAGCAACUCACCGUUGAUCGUUUGCUUGACAUCAUGCGGAUCGACAAGAAAAAUAGUGGGGAUGCGAAGAAGGUCGUUAUCCUCUCCAAAAUCGGUGCAACCUAUGAACCAAAGGCCACAGUCGUGCAGGACAGUGUAAUUGCCAAGACUCUUUCUGACGCGGUCAAGAUCGCAGCCGGCGUUCCCCAAAACAAUCCAGUCACAAUGACCACGCCAGGUUCGAAGAGUAUUUCUAAUCGCGUCCUGGUUCUUGCCGCACUUGGUGAAGGGACGUGCAGGCUCAGAAAUCUUCUGCAUUCAGACGACACACAAGUCAUGAUGGCUGCUUUGCUCGAGCUCAAGGGUGCUAGUUUUACUUGGGAAGAUGAUGGCGACACCCUCGUCGUAAAAGGAGGCAGCGGGAAACUCUCCGUUCCUUCAAAAGGCAAAGAGUUGUAUCUUGGAAAUGCUGGGACUGCAGCGCGUUUUCUUACGACCGUCUGCGCGCUCGUCAAAGGCGACAUAUCAGAAGAGACUACUGUCAUCACAGGCAACGCCCGGAUGAAACAACGCCCCAUCGGCCCUCUAGUAGAUGCGUUAAGGACUAACGGGAAUGAAAUCAAGUACUUGGAGUCCGAGGGAUGCCUCCCUCUCUCUAUCGUACCUCAAGGAUUGAAGGGUUCGACCAUCCAACUCGCGGCUAGUGUUUCAAGCCAAUAUGUCUCUUCAAUACUGCUCUGCGCUCCUUAUGCAUCCGAGCCUGUCACACUCGAGUUGACUGGUGGCCAAGUCAUCUCACAGCCGUACAUCGACAUGACGAUUGCCAUGAUGAGGACCUUUGGUAUAAAUGUUGAACGUCGCGUUGAUCAGAUGACCGGGAAAGCUUUGGACAUCUACGACAUUCCUGUUGGCAUUUACAAGAACCCGGAAAUCUACAACAUCGAAUCUGACGCCAGUAGCGCUACCUACCCUCUCGCGAUUGCUGCAAUCACUGGAACGACCUGUACCAUCGAAAAUAUUGGAUCAAGUUCGCUUCAAGGUGAUGCACGUUUCGCCAAAGAGGUUCUGGAGCCCAUGGGCUGCAGGGUCUCUCAGACUCCUACGCAAACAACAGUUACGGGGCCACCUAUCGGUGAACUCAAGGCGAUCGAAGAAAUUGACAUGGAGGUCAUGACUGACGCUUUCCUUACUGCUACCGUCCUUGCCGCCGUUGCCAAUGGCAAGACCCGUAUUGUCGGUAUCGCAAACCAACGAGUGAAGGAGUGCAACCGUAUUCAGGCGAUGAUGGAGGAACUCGCCAAAUUCAGUGUGGAGACCCUUGAGCUUGCAGAUGGCCUAGAAAUCGUCGGAAAACAAUAUGGUACACUGAAGAAAGGUGUUAGCGUUCACUGCUACGACGAUCAUCGCGUCGCCAUGGCUUUCAGCGUUCUCAGUACCGUCGCUGCAGACACCAUCAUCGAAGAAAAGCGCUGCGUUGAGAAAACGUGGCCAAACUGGUGGGAUGACCUGGAGAACAAGAUAGGCUUCUCAGUCCAGGGCAUCGAUCUUGCAACCUCCAGUUCAACUGGAUCCACAAGUAGUCCCAUUGUCUCUGACCCUUCGGCCUCUAUUCUACUCAUCGGAAUGCGAGGCUCGGGCAAGACAUUCACCGGCCAGAUUGCAGCGUCGACUUUAUCUUGGACUUGUCUUGAUGCCGACCAAUACUUGGAGGAGAAGUUGCAAAUUGGUGUUCGAGAAUUCGUCGCGGAAAAAGGUUGGCCAGCAUUCCGGGAGGCCGAAAUGGUUGCGCUGCAAGAACUCGUGGCCGCCUAUCCCCAAAAUCAUGUCAUCAGUCUAGGUGGUGGCAUUGUCGAAACAGCUGCCGCUCGAGACUUGUUGAAAGAAUAUGGAAGGACCAAAGGACCUGUCGUCCACGUGAUGCGGCCAAUUGAUGAGAUCAUCGAGUACCUUGGUGGUGAAGUCGCACGCCCGGCAUACGGCGAACCCAUCGUCGAUGUUUUCCGUCGACGUGUGCCAUGGUUCAAGGAUUGCGCUAGCCAUGAAUUUGUCAACCAUGUCGCAAUCGAUACCUCUUCGGCUGACAAUAGCGAUGUCAGGCGGGAGCUGAAGAGGUUUUUUAGACAUAUCACAGGGCAACAUCCCAACCUUGUGCGUCUUGUACCAGGGCAGAGGUCAUACUUUCUUUCCCUCACCUAUCCGGAUAUCACUCCCGCGUUAGUCCAUGUCGACAAUCUCACGCAAGGUGUUGAUGCACUGGAAUUGCGGGUCGACUUGCUCAGUGACCUGACCAGUUUCGGAGGCUCGAUUCCGUCUGUUGCCUAUGCCAAGGACCAAAUAGCAGCUCUGCGUCGAGCUACCUCCCUCCCUUUGAUAUUCACUGUCCGCACAAUAUCGCAAGGCGGCGCCUUCCCUGACGAUAAAACACAAGAGGUAUUCGACCUCCUGAAGCUUGCGUUGGCUUUGGGUGUCGAAUACCUGGACGUGGAAAUCUCCUUACCAGACCACGUGAUUCGGGAGCUCAUCUCACGCAAAGGCCACUCGAAAAUUAUCGCAUCUUACCACGACUGGAGCGGUAAAUUGAAAUGGCAUGGGUCGGUGAUAGAAGAAAAAUACGAACUUGCGUAUCGUGCUGGCGACAUCAUCAAGAUCAUAGGAAAGGCCGAAAGUCUUUCAGACAACUUCGCACUUUACGAUUUUGUCUCAAAGGUCAACAGCCGGCCUGAUGCCAAACCUAUCAUUGCGCUGAAUAUGAGUGUCACCGGUCAAAUGUCGCGCAUUCUCAAUCCUACCUUAAGCCCUGUUACGCAUCCCUUAUUGCCAACGAAGGCCGCUCCCGGUCAACUAUCUUUCGCGAGUAUUCAAAAAGCUUUACAUCUUCUUGGCUUGCUGCCUGCUCAACGAUUCGUUUUGCUCGGGAAUCCCAUUGCAUAUUCUAUGUCGCCCACUUUGCACAACACAGCUUUCGAGGUCCUUGGACUUCCUCACUUUUACGAGUUGCAAGAAACUUCAGAGGUCGGCCAAGAGAUCAAAGCGACUAUCACUGCCCCAGACUUUGGCGGGGCCUCCGUUACUAUUCCAUUCAAGCUAGACGUUAUCCCGCUCCUCGACAAACUUUCUCCUGCCGCUGAAGCCAUCGGCGCUGUCAACACCAUCAUCCCGAUUCGGACUGAUGGAACCAACCGAAUUCUGUAUGGCGAAAACACGGAUUGGUUGGGAAUACGGGAGUCUAUUCAAUCACGGGUCUUUAAUGGGACUACUCAUGCUGCACUUGUCAUUGGGGCCGGCGGAACUGCACGUGCUGCUAUCUAUGCACUGAAAUCCCUGAAUGCAAAGGUCAUAUAUCUGUUCAACCGCACGCGAAGUCAGGCAGAGAUUCUCGUAGAGGCGUUUCCUGACGCCAACAUCGAACUCCUCGAUCAACUCAAUGUCUGGCCUGAUGGCAUUCUACCGCCGAAUGUCAUCAUCUCAACUAUUCCCUCAAGCGCGACGACGACGACACAUUCGCCAGAUGCGCUUCAUCUCUCAUCAGACCUCUUCCUUUAUAAAGACGGACCCGCUGUGGUCAUCGAUAUGGCCUAUAAACCUGCAAGAACGCCGCUUCUUGUUCUUGCAGAAGCAGCCGGUGAUAAUUGGCAACAAGUGGGAGGGUUGGACGUUUUACUCGAACAAGGCUAUGUACAGCUCUUGCUCUCCUUCCAUUGGUUCCAAUGUUUCCAUCAUCGACGGCAACGCGGCUUGGGGCACAUCUUCAACCACGGACGGAACCCUUUUAAUCAAGAGCUCGAGUUUGAGCUCUCGCAUCUGGCAUGUAGAGCAGACAGGCUCAUACUAUCCGCUAUACUAUAUCAAAGGCUGUUCAGGUCUGCGGCCAACACGAAUCUCGCUGUUUCUGUACUCAAUGGAGAGCUUGGACUGCAGCGUUGGGACAUCAACGCCAUGAACCAAGAAUUCGCGAUUGUCUGCAACUUGUGCUCUCCUGGCGGUGAAGGGAAGGUCGCAUCUGGCUGCAGUAUCCGCCAUGAUGGACAAUGUGUCGCCGUUGAACGUGGUGGAGAACAUUUCCAACUCACGGACUGCAUAUCUUCAGUGUUGCAGGAGUUGGAUCUCUUCACAAACUAA